CGGAAAUCGUUAAGUGCGGCAGCCAGCCUGAACGAACCACAGACCACGGUUUUCGAGAACUGAAUUUCUAAAAAAAAAAGGAAACAAAAGCAAAACGAACACUAAAAAUAUCACCUCAUCGAUUACGAAAGACUCAAACAAGAAUGAGUAAGUUCGGAUCACUGGCCGACGGAUCCCUGGGUCUGAUGAACGGUCGUAGAUCGGGUUUCACAAAUUUGUCGUCGUCGUCGUCGUCGUCGCGCAGUUCCCGUGGGAUAUAUCCGCGUCAUUUGACCGACGAAGGUCUUGCCUCCCCUGGGAAAACCGAAGUUCAGCCGAAUCUAAGUGCGACAAAAGAUGCGGCUAGGGAGAAUUACGAGCUUGCAUCUUACGGCUACGGAAAGAAUCACGUGAAGCUUCUUUACGUCCAUCGGGACGGCGCGCGUCAUGAAAUUAGGGAAUACGAAGUCGACACUCAUCUCAGACUGGAGACCCAGAAAGAUUAUUUGGAAGGCGAUAACGAGGAUAUCAUAGCCACCGACAGUCAAAAGAACACCGUCUAUCUGUUGGCCAAAAAACACGGUGUACAAACACCGGAGGAAUUCGGACUUCUUAUUUGCGCCCACUUUCUUUACACGUACAAACACGUCGCGGAAGUGAACGUGAACGUCGAGGAGUAUCCGUGGCAAAGGCACAGAGUCGACGGGGAACAACAUAAUCACGCUUUCGUAUUCACGCCAAUUGUGACGAGAUAUUCCCAAGUUACCCAGCUGAGAAAUGAGUCCCCAAGGAUUCGAGGAGGUUUGAAAAAUUUGCGAGUUUUGAAAACGACGCAAAGUUCUUUCACGGAUUUUAUUCAGGACGAGUACAGGACACUCCCAGAUGCUGCGGAUAGGGUUUUUAGUACAGAAGUUACGGCGUCUUGGGAUUUUUCUACCUCUCACGGAGUUAAUUUUGACGCGGUCUGGGGAACUGUUAAAGAUUGCAUCCUCGCUAAUUUUGCCGGACCACCUCAGACCGGAAUUUAUUCACCGAGCGUACAGAACACGCUUUAUUUAACCGAAAAGUGCGUCCUGGAUAAAGUGGAUCAGAUACAAAGCAUCGAAAUGCGUAUGCCGAACAAGCAUUACUUCACAUUGGAUAUGAGCAAAUUUUCUAAGCUAGUUCAAGGCGAAAAUCAGGAGGUUUAUCUUCCGGUCGACAAGCCCGCCGGUAUAAUAUACGCUCAACUAGACAGGAAGUCGAUAGGCUCCAAAUUAUAACGCGAACCAAGCCUCUCUAGACUACCAAGAAUUCUUACUUUCCUAGUUUACGUAUGUACCCUGUAUGGAUGUAAAAAAAAAAAAAAACACAAAAAAAAAAAAAAAACAAACCAAAGGCCACGACAGAAAACAAAGCAAAGAAUCAUCGAUAAGACGCGUGUCGCGGAAAUGACUCAACCGCGUAAACGAGUAAACAAUCCAUUAGGUGAGAGAAACAGAAGAAAA